GAGCUCCAAAUAUCUAGAAACCAAUUUACUGGUCACUUGCCCGAAAAUGUGUGUAGUGGUGGAUUGCUUGAGAAAUUCAUCGCAAACAAUAAUCAUUUUAUUGGUUCAAUACCAAAAUCCUUGAGAAACUGCACAAGCCUCAUUAGAGUUCGACUUAAUGGAAAUCAACUUUUUGGAAAUAUAGGAGAAAGUUUUGGGAUAUACCCACACUUAACAUACAUGGAGUUGAGUUAUAAUAAACUUUAUGGUGAGCUUUCAGCUAAUUGGGGGCAAUGUCAAAACUUGACAUGCCUGAAAAUCUCUAACAAUGACAUUUCAGGUAGAUUGCCUCCUGAGCUUGGAGAAGCAAGUCAAUUACAAGUGCUCAUCCUCUCCUCAAAUAAGAUACAUGGGAAAAUCCCCAACAAAUUAGGUAAGUUGAAAUUUUUGUUAGACCUUUAUCUAGACAGUAACAAAUUUUCUGGACAAGUUCCUUACAAUUUCGAGAUGCUAUCAAAUUUGGAGCAACUUAAUCUCGCCAAUAAUAGUCUAAGUGGCCAUAUUCCUGACCUAGGGAAAUGUAAAAAACUUUUUCUCUUGAAUUUGAGCAACAAUCACUUAAGAAAAUAUAUCCCAAUUCAAAUUGGCAAUUUGCAGUAUCUCCAAAAUCUUGAUCUUAGCCAAAAUUUUCUAACAGGAGAGAUUCCACAACAACUUGGAGAUUUGAAAAUGUUAGAAAUCUUGAAUCUUUCCCACAAUGCACUUUUUGGCAAUAUUCCAUCCAGUUUUGAUCAAUUGUUAGGCUUGACAUCCAUUGACUUGUCCUACAAUCUAUUGUGGGGUCCUAUUCCGAAUACUAAAGCAUUUUGUGAGGCAUCAAUAGAAGCAUUUAGAAACAACAAGGGCUUGUGUGGCAAUGCUACUGGUUUGAAGACUUGCCCCUUUGCAAUUGGCCACAAUCUUCAUGUCAAAAAGGGGAAAAAAGUUACUACAAUAAUUUUAGCCCUUUUGGGCAUUGUUUUUCUUAUUUUUAUCAUUGUAGGAAUUACAAUCGGCGUUUUCUUUAGAAAGACGAAGACAAAAAAUAAUCCAAAAGAAGUAGGGCCUCAAAAUAUGUUUUCAAUAUGGAGUUAUGAUGGGAAAAUGGUUUAUGAAAACAUUAUUGAAGCAACAGAGGAUUUCGAUUACAAAUAUUGUGUUGGUGUGGGGGGGCAUGGAAUUGUUUAUAAAGCUGAUUUGCCAACAGGUCAAGUUGUUGCUGUAAAGAAAUUUCAUCCACUCUCAGAAGAUAGUGUGGCCAAUCUAAAAUCUUUCACCAGUGAGAUACAUAGUCUAACCGAAAUACGACACCGCAACAUUGUAAAGCUUCAUGGUUUUUGCUCACAUCCACGACACUUGCUUUUAGUUUAUCAAUUCUUGGAAGGUGGGAGCUUGGAAAAGAUACUAAACAAUGAUGAAUUAGCACUGGAGUUUGACUGGCUAAAGAGGUUAAAUGUUGUUAAAGGUGUGGCAAGUGCUCUGUCUUAUAUGCAUCAUGACUGCUCCAGUCCAAUAAUUCAUCGUGAUAUAUCAAGCAAGAAUGUUCUACUAGAUUCAGAAUAUGAAUCUCAUGUCUCUGACUUUGGCACAGCUAGGAUUAUGAGUUCUGACGCAUCUUAUUGGACUUCGUUUGCUGGUACCAUUGGAUACACUGCUCCAGAGCAUGCAUAUACAAUGGAAGUAAGUGAAAAGUGUGACGUUUACAGCUUUGGAGUAGUCGCUUUGGAAGUAAUUAUUGGAAGGCAUCCGGGUGAUUUGAUCUCAUCAUUUCUAUCAUCAUCAUUUUCAUUAUCGUCCCAUGAUGUGCUACUAGAAGAUAUACUGGAUCAACGUCUUGCACAUCCUACAAAUAGAGUUGCAGAUAAGGUGGUUUUAUUGGCAAAGAUAGCAUUAGCAUGCUUACACACCAGUCCACAAUCUCGUCCCACCAUGCAACAAGUUUAUCAGAAGCUAUUAAAUUGGAAAUCUCCUUUCACAAAGCCUUUGCGCAUGAUCACAUUAAGAGAGCUCAUUGAUCUCGGGAAUUUGAAUGAAGCUUCAUAAGUGUUUACAUAUCUCAUCUUCAUUGUUCAUCUUCGACCCAUCCAAGCCUCCAUCUUACUAUCGGAGCCUCCAUGCCUCUUGACCUAUGCUCUUCAACCCAAAUAGAAGUCGAGCUCUUUCUCAAGGUGUGUGAAACAUAGUUGGUCAAGGUUAAUCAGAACACUGGCUUUGAAAUUAUCAUCGUAUGUUCUUUGGGUUCCUUCUAUUUUAUUACAAUUCUUAUUGAUUAUGUUUAGUUGAGAUUGCUAUUUGAGAUGUUGUAUCAAGUUCUAAAGAAUUAGUUCUUCUCAAGUGUCUCACUCUGCCAAUGUCGUAGGUAUCUUCACAGUUGCUUUCAUUCUUUCUGACCACACAAUUCAUCGACAAGACAGGUAUGAAAACAUGCCAAAAGUAAUUCGUUUAUGCCUAUGGCAAUGUAAAAUGGGAUUCCGUACGUCUAGACAAUUAUGCAUUGAAAGUUUCUUCCAAUGAGAAUGAAACUUUCAAUGCAUAAUUACCUACUUUUAUUGAUUGAGAUCCUUUUACAGCCCAGGUAGUUUUUUCUAUAUACAUUUUAAGCUCAAGAAUUGUAACAAGUUUUACAAUAGAUGUUUCAGGUGCAGGUGAACCAAGCCUGAGAAGAUUGGAAUACAAAAACACUAGGUAGGACCAGGUGCAUGGAAUUUGUAUCCAUGUUCAUGAAAAAAGUUUUGCCUACUUAAAAACAAAAAUUUGUAUGAAACAAUGGCUAGACUUGGACAAGCUAUCAAGACAAACUUGAAUGUCCUGGCUUUAUUUAUGAAUGGGUGGUAUGAAAUUGUCAAAAUUUUUCUUUUGUCCAAAUAGUCUUAGAAUUUGGAUGACAGAAUUUUAGGUGUGUAGAACUCUCACGUAACUGCCCAACAACUAGAAACAUU